GCCGCGAGACAACGCCGUCCUUCUGCUUACUCGCACGCGACCGCGAACGUCGUCGGCAAGCCGCGGCACGUGAACGCGAUCCACUUACUUCCUUCCUUCGCCGACAAGUGUCAACUCGGAUCAAAUCGGAACGCGACUUUAUCUAUUUCUCUUCUAGAAAUACUCUAACGCGAAGGACAUUUUUUUUUUCAAUUUCUUUUCUACCGUCAGUGACAUUUUUCGUUUUCGUCUUUUGUCGGGGUGUGUCAUCGAAGAUCAAAGAACAGUGGAAUGACGGUAGUGGAUGGACACGGCGGUGUCGCCGUAACGAGCCACAGGUAGCAGCGAGUCCUUACUAGCUCAUCGACUUUUUACCACCCUACCACUCGGCCAGUUCUAUUUCUGGAGAAUAAACAACGUGCCUUCAUCGAAAGUGAAAUCGACCGUACAAGUUAGUGACAAAGAAGAAAAUGUGGCGAGUGGUGGUCGCGCGAUCGGACGAGAACAGCACUCUGCUGUCGUCGGAGAUCGCCUCUGGUCCGGUCGGAUCUGGUCACAUCUCCAGUCUACCCGGACCGCCUUCCGGUCACCACUGGGGUUAUCCGCCGCCCCCUCAUCCCUCUUAUCAACCGCAACACCCCGACGUGCGACAUCAUCAUGACAUGCGUCCACCACCGCACGACCUUCGACAUCCGGCGAGCGUCGGUGAUCCGAGGAAUCAGGAAAUCAGAAGUCACGAGAUGCACAGGCCGGAUCUGAGGCAUCAGGCAGAGAUGCAGAGACACCAGGAGUUGCACAGGCCCGAGAUGGCCAGGCAUCAAGAUCUGACGGCCAUGAGGCCGGAUAUGACGACGGAUAUGAGAUCCGGUCACGAGUUUCCCGAUCUCAAGAUCGACGUUAAUCAAGACAGCGGGCAACAACAGCAACAGCAGCAACAACAAGCUACUCAACAAAGUCAAUCGCAUCAGCAGAGGAAUUUGAAAAGGGCUAUGAGCGAUUCCGAUUGCGACGACGUGUUCUCCGAAGAAAGUGGCAAAGAACCCUGCAAUUCGCCGGGAGGCGAUUCCUGUCAACACGCGUCGCGGAAGCGUCGGAGAGGGAUGAUCGAGAAGAAACGUCGCGACAGAAUAAACGCGUCCCUCGGGGAGCUGCGAAGAUUGGUACCCGCAGCGGCGAGAGAUCCUCACAGCGGUAAACUGGAGAAGGCGGAGAUUUUGCAGCUCACCGUCGAGCACCUACGAACACUUCGAAACAAAGGACCAGAGGGCUACGACAGCACGAAAUUGGCGAUGGAUUAUCACGCGGUUGGUUGGGGCGAGUGCGCUGCCGAAGUUGGACGGUAUCUGGUGACGAUGGAAGGUCUGGACGAGAGGGAUCCUCUGAGGUUACGAUUGCUCUCUCAUUUGCAAAGUUUCCAUCGCGAGCAUGCCCCGUCCGCGGUUCCGUCCUCCGUUCCACCGACCACCUUGACCUCCAGUACAUCGAGCAGCAGCUACGAACCGGCCAGCACCGUGUCCACCGGAAUGCCAGCUGGACCGGGAAGCAUGCCACCCCUUCUGGGAGGAAGCGCGCUCGGAUGGGGACAGUAUCCGGGACAGUAUCCUCAACAGCAACACGGGAAACCUUACAGGCCUUGGGGUGCCGAACUAGCCUAUUGACCGGCGAUCGAUCUUUAACUCUUUCGCUCGUAAUAAUCGCGAAUCGGUCAAUGGAACUUUAUAAAUAGUUUGUUUAUCGCUUAUUUCGACGCUCUCGAGGAAAUCUGAAUCUGCUAAUUCAGAGUUUGGCAAAUAAUAUUUUUAUUCCUCGAGCUUCGAACAAGCGAGAACGAGUGUAUUUUUUUACGUGUGAUACUACUAUAGUCGUACGAGUACCUAAUACAAAGAACGAAGAAUAUUUAUUUUUCUGCUCGACUGGAGAAAUCCAGCGAGCGAGUAACAUUGUACAGUGUAUAUAGUUAUUGUAUAUAGCCACGAAACGCGACGAUCAUUCCUCGUUGUAAUUUGUAUCUUUUGUAUUUAUCUUUAUUCUUUUGUAUCGAACGCAGUCUGAUGGUUUGUGAUUGAAAAAUUGAAGAAAUCGAAAAAAUGAAUAAAAACAAACGUCAAAGAAAUAGGAAUCGAAUGCGUGAUACAAGUGCCAUUAAACGUAUCAAGGGUAUACGUGUGAAGAGAAACGCUCAAAUGUUUUUGCAAUAAAAAAAUGACGCAAGCAAACUUUAUAGAUCUUUAUUAGAAAAUCCACGAUUUUCUUUGUAACUACUCUUCCUCCCCCUUCUCUCCACUGUCUGUCUGAAAAGAGAUUUAGCAGAUAUUUUCAACGUGGUCCGACGCGAACCAUUCUUAUGCAAAAGUUGAAACUUUGCAGCUUGCCGAGAUGAACUGUUCGUCGUAACGAAGAACAAAAACAAGCGUACCAGCUUCCCUUUCGCAUUGUACCAUGGCGAACCAGUUUUGCAACUCGUUAAAUCUCGCGUGAAAAAAAGAACGCUUUCGCAAUUAUGGAAAAAUAUCGCGAGACUGACGACGGUGCGGUGGGAACAAUUAGUAGCUGUAAGGUUUUUUUUUACGGAUAUUCAGGAAACCACGGGGAGCAAAACUAAUUCUUGAAAAGAGAAAGAGAAGGUACCGCCACGCUGGCCACGUGGCCAUUGUGUACCCUUAAUUCCCUUCUCGGACCCCAGCUUCGUUUACGAUAAUUGCGCGAACGCGUGUUCCGAGUUUUAUUAAAAUCUUACGAACAAAAAUAUGUGCAAUAUUUAUUGCGGACUAUCGCUACUUCCCUUUUCAAAGAAAAGUAAUUUUAUUUUCGUUUUGAUAUAUCUAAACAAGACCUCUGAUAAGCCAUAUAUUACCAUCAAUUUUCCCCGAUCGAUCGUGGCCAGUAGAGGUACUUUA